UCCUUCAUCGACCGACGAAUUUGCGAUCACGGUAAAAAUAAUGGCUGCGCUUAUCAAAGGAUUUAAAUUGGCUUCAAAACUAUCGUCAAAGAACUCAGCAUUAUUAGCACUAGGUGUCCGACAAGCUCACGGAUGGAAUAAAGAUUUCAAGCCGGGGAAAUUUCCGGAAACCGACAAGGAACGCGAAGCUGCUGCACGGAAGUAUGGUCUACAUCCUGCUGAAUAUAAUGUUUACCCGAAUGACGGCACUGGCUACGGAGACUAUCCAAAACUUCCAGAUACGCCGGUUGAGGCAAGGGAUCCCUACUAUCCGUAUGAUUUUCCAGAGCUGAAGAGAAAUCUGCACGAUCCUAUGCAUGCUGCUACCCCGCUAUGGAGCGAAGACCGCUUCGGUUCGGCCGAACCGCUGCGAUUUUCCAUGAAAUUUUACUGGUUGUCGUUUUUGGGCGUAAUGACCGCUUGCUUUGUUGUUUAUUUCUGGCUAGAGGACUACAAAAUGUUCCGACCGGUUAUGCAGAAGCAGUAUCCACAUAAAGGUCCACACUACACUUUCGAGGACAAGUGAAGCGGUCUCAUAUGGGCACAAGCCGCGGCCAUCGAAAUCAGAUUUUCUACAAUUUCAAUUGCAAUAGAGUAAAAAACCCCCGUUUUGGCAGAAUAAACUGCAAUUAUGUUGAACUGCGAAAUAGAUUGGAAAUUCUA